AUGUAUCAAGUUAGCAAGUAUGGCAGAUCCUAUAGAAAUGGAAAAGCUGUAGAAGGUGACCUUAGGCGGCUUGUUAUUGAUAGGUGUCUAGCUGCUGGAGGCGAUAGGAUUUCGGGGUUUCUUUCAACCUCGUUUACUGCUAUCGCACACGAGUUGAAACUAAGUCCAAACUCAGUUUCAAAAAUUUGGCGACGGUUUUGCGAAAGUAAUUCAGAAGAUCCCAUUCAACGCGGUGGAGAUUUUAGCAGCAAAUUGACACCAGGAGAUCUAGAAUUAAUCGAGACUCUUACGAAGAUACGAGGGUCGAUUUCCCUACGAGAACUUUACUCCGUUUUGGAUGAACUUGGUGACGUUGGAGGCGACAUUUCUCUAUCUUCAAUUUCGCGAGCAAUAAAAAGAAAACUUUUGUCAGGGCAUAGUUACUCCCGAAAACGUAUUACACAUGUUGCAAGAGAGCGUUUCACUCCGGAAAACAUGUUAUAUACACAGUUGUUUGUUAAUUAUCUCUCAUCGAAAGAUCCAAAAAAAAUCAAGUUUUUCGAUGAAUCAGGAGUGAAAACCCCAGACAUUGGCACUCGUCGUUACGGCCACGCGCCUUUAGGACAACGAUGCGUCGAAGUAAUUAGAAAAAUGGAAUCCCCAAACAUUACUUUAAACUUACUCGUAUCAUUAGAUGGACCGAUGUACUUUAAUUUGGUUGAGGGCCCAACAAAUACUAUUCAGUUUCUUAAUUUCUUUGCGGAAGCUUCCGAAGCUACUAACUUGAUGUCGGAAGGUCCCGCCAUUGAAGUUGGAGAUAUCAUUGUUAUGGACAAUUUGGGAAUUCAUCAUUAUGACGGCGGUCGUAUUUUGGAGGAAUAUCUUGAAGAAAUGGGAGUGGAGCUCAUAUUCACCCCCACUUACUCCCCUGACCUAAAUCCUGUUGAACUAUGUUUCGCUAAGAUAAAAACGAAAUUGAACGGAGAAUUUUCCGAUACUGUACAUGAAAACCUUAAACUUGCCGUCAUGGAUGCUGUUGAAACAAUAACCCCAACAGACAUGGUGGGUUACUACCAGGCUACUUCGUACAUGUUCCCACAAUGA